AUGGUAGCGUGUUUUUUACUUUCUACUGCGAUCAUACUUUAUGUGGGAUAUCGAUUGUAUCGACACUUUGUUCCAACACCCAACAUCGAUCCAAAAGGCAAAUAUGUUCUCAUCUCUGGAUGUGAUACUGGCUUCGGUAAUCGAUUAGCUCUUGAACUUGAUAAACACGGUUUCAACGUGCUUGCUGGUGUUUAUUCUACAGACAAUGUCACCUCACUCAAAGAUAAACUCUCAUCCAGAGCAACUGUAUUUCGUCUUGAUAUUACUAAACAAGAGGAUAUCGAUGCAGCACUAGAAUUGGUGCAAAGUAAAACAAAAGUUUUACACGCAUUGGUCAAUAAUGCAGGUAUCAGUAGUGGUUAUCUUAUCGAUUGGACAACUGUGGAAACUAUGCGUCGAGUGAUGGAUGUGAACUUUUUCGGACACGUGGCCAUGACGAAAGCGUUCUUACCCUUAUUGAUUGCGAAACGUGAUUCACGUGUUGUGAAUAUCUGUUCGGUAGCUGGUUACCUAGCUGGACCCGGAAUGGCAUCAUACUGUGCAUCAAAAUAUGCAUUCGAAGCAUUUUCGGAUUGUCUUCGUCGAGAGAUGAUACCAUGGAAUCUACGUGUUAGCAUCAUCGAGCCUGGAUUUAUGCGAACACCUAUCAUUGAAAAUCUGGUCAAACCAUUUCCCGAAUUUUUAGGCGCGCUUUCAAAUGAUGCUCAACAACGAUGGGGAGAACCAUAUAUAAAAUCAUAUCAUACGAAAUUAGAUAAUAAAGAACUAACGAAAAGAGCUGAAGAUCCAAUCAAAGUCGUCCAAGCACUUCAACAUGCAGUGAUGAAUACUGCUCCUGAAAUUCGUUAUCGACCGGGAAUUCAGUCCAGUCUAAUCUUCUUUCCUUUAUCAAUGUUGCCUGCUGCAUUCGUCGAUUAUCUUUUAGGCAAUAUGCGUUCAAGUGAUAUUAUUCCGGCAAGUGUUCAAAGUCAAAUUCGAGAUUAA